AUGGACAGACAAAGUGAAUCCGUUAUGAGCUGGGAUGUGAAUAAAGUACAUUCUUGGCUUUCUUCUCUUGGAUUUUCAGGAUACGAAUCGCAAAUUAAAGAACAAGGAAUAAGUGGAGAGAUAUUAGUUCAUUUGGAUCACGAUGCACUUAAAGAACUGGGUGUUCGUUCAGUUGGUCAUCGAGUUACUAUAUUAAAAGCCAUUUAUAAUCUUAAAAUACAGCAUAAUGUUCCAGUAGAAGUUGAUGAAUACAUUCCUCCAUCUGCAGAAUUUGAAAGCGCGAUUUCUACGAAUGGAAUUCCUGACCUUCGUAAAAUUGAAGAGGCAAUUCAAGAAAGAGACACAGUAAUUUCACAUUUGUCAAAAGAAGUUCAAAGAUUAACAUCCGACCUGACAAAAUUACGCGAGGAAUUAAUACCAAUUUGGAAAAUGGCCAAAGAAAACAAGGAGGGGGGUCUUUCUGUACAAGUUCCUGGUAUAAGCAUAACAAAUUACUCAAGAUCGCCCACCACAUAUUCAUCAGACGGUUCAAGUGCCCCACCUUCUCCACGUUCACCGCGUAAUAAUCGAUAUUAUAAUAAUGAUUAUGAUGUAAUGACAAUUAACGAUCCUUCAGGUUCCAUUAAAUUUUUUGGUAAUCAAAAUAUUAGUCGAGAACCUGAAUCAUAUAAAAGUUUCCGUGUAUCUCUUGAAGAUCCAUGUUAUAAGGUUUUACCUGCCGCACUUAAGAAAUAUAAAAUUUCGGAUGAUUGGCGACAAUAUGCUUUAUUUAUUUGCUUUGGAAGUCCAGAAGAUGAAAAUUCAACAGAAGAAAAUCCAGAAGAACAAAUAUUAGUAGGCAACAAAACGGCUGUUGCAAUUUAUCCAUAUGUUCCUGAACUUGAAGAUGAAUUAAAUGUUACAGUAGGAGAUGUUUUUAAAAUUAAAAGUAAAGCUGGUGGAUGGUGUUACGUUGAAAAGGAUGAAGUUAAGGGAUGGGUACCUGCGAAUUUUUUAUUAGAAACAAGUGUUAAUGGUACGGAUAUAAUGGAUAGUAAUAGUCCUUAUGUUGGUAGAGGAGUAGCAUUAAUUGAUUAUGUAAGAAAUACAGAAGAUGAACUUGGAAUGAAAAAAGAUGAUGUACUUCGUAUUUAUAAAAAACAAGAUUAUUGGCUAUAUUGUGAAAUAAAUGAAGAACGUGGAUGGGUACCAAGUUGGUACGUUAGGAUAGAUAAAGAUAUAGAGGAUGAUGAAAGUGAGGUGGAUCCUACAAGUCCAAGAAGAUUAUUCUAUGAUCCUACUAGUGGACAACAACAGCCUUCUUCACCUCAUAUUCCUCACACUAAGCAUCCAAUGGGAACAACAACACCAGCAUCAAGGAAUCACAAAAAUCACAAAAAUCACCAUGAUUAUUCAAUAUUGCCACAACAUUAUCAUUUUGGAGAUGGAUUUUUAAUUUAG